AAGAUAAACCCAGAGGGUCUCCGCAUAACAUAGACGAAAAUCCAAUCAAAUUCAAAACGUUUGAACCAAACAUGUCAGUUUUUCAGAACCAAUGGCUAUGUCGUCCUCUCACUCAACCCCUUUUCUGCAACUUGUUUUCUAGAACCUAUGCAAAAGUGUUACCCCAAAGACUAGGCAUCGUUCGGUGCCAUUCACUAGCUCGUGCCACCAACGUACCCUCCCCUCCAGAUGAUGUGGAGCAGGUUGUGGACAAUACCUUUGGUUCACCUAAAGUGAAAAUUUUGAAGCAGAAAAUGGAAGUUAUUGGCAUUACCUUGGACAACUCUUGUUUGCCUGGGCUGUUCCAUAACCUGUAUUGUCCAAAGUGCAAAGGUGGGAAAUUAAAGGAGAGGAGUUUGUCUUUUCAUAUUGUUUCUGAUGGUGAAUUUGCAAUGUGGAGGUGUUUUCAAGCUAAAUGUGGUUGGGCUGGUCAGGUUUUUGCAGAUGACAAGGAAUUGUACAGUAGGGUUUGUGCUAAUGGCAAGUCUUAUGAACAAAUGGCUGAGGAGAGCUUAGGAUUGGAACCACUUGGUCCUAAGCUUGUUGCUUACUUUAAGGAGAGACUGAUAUCAGAGAAAACUCUAAGCAGAAAUGCUGUAAGGCAAAUGUCUGGCGAUCAGACCGUCAUUGCUUUUACUUAUAAACAAAAUGGGUUGCUUGUUGGUUGCAAGUACAGAACAAUGGAUAAAAGAUUUUGGCAGGGAAAAGGCUCGGACAAGAUACUGUAUGGAAUCGACGACAUUAGUCAUGCAGCUGAAAUCAUCAUCGUUGAGGGGGAAAUUGAUAAGCUUUCACUUGAGGAAGCUGGCUUCCGGAAUUGUGUCAGUGUUCCAGGUGGUGCACCAGGAAAGGUUUCUUCAAAAGAUUUGCCACCAAUAGAAAAGGACACUGCAUAUCAAUACAUGUGGAACUGCAAAGAGUAUUUGGAUAAGGUAGUUCGCAUUAUCCUGGCAACCGAUAAUGAUCCACCAGGUCAAGCUUUAGCUGAAGAGCUGGCACGGCGCCUUGGGCGAGAAAGGUGUUGGCAAAUACACUGGCCAAAGAAAGAUGAAUUCAGCUCUUUCAAAGAUGCAAAUGAGGUUCUCAUAUACAUGGGAGCUGGUGCUUUGAAGAGUAUAGUUGAAAAUGCAGAGCCAUAUACAAUUGCAAAAUAGGUAAUUCCAUCUAACUAUAUGAAAAUGGAUAUAGAUUUUGGAAUAUCCUUCAUCAAGGUUGUAUAGUAUGAGUUUGUAAUAUAUGGUGAAAUGGAUGUCAAUUUUGCAUUAUUGUUUAACAAUUGCAACUUUUUGAUA